ACUCAGAUUUCAUAUCUAACUGCAAACCCUGCGCCCCCAAAUUUUCUCACUCUUCUCUCUCUAACCAUGGCAUCCGAUUCUUCUCCAGCAAAUAUAAACGGUGGACCUUCAUCUCCGGAUGACUCGUUGUCUAGUCCGAUCGGCAAUACCUUCUCGUCCCCCGGCGAUCCUCGAAAACGAGGCCGUCGAUCCUCCGCCUCAUACGCAACCCCACCGCCGCCUCAACAGUCCCGAUUUGCAGCCCCUGAUGGAACCCCAACUCCCUCCAGCUCGCGUCGAAGGGGACGCGGAAGAAGGGCCUCCGUUUCCACCCCCGUGGCUGCCACCCCUUCGUCCACCGACGAGGCCCCGCCGUCUUCUGAAGGAGGCGAUGGUGACGAGGCUGACGAAGCCCCGCCUAUGUUCGUUUGGGGCACCAAUAUCAGCGUUCAGGAUGUCAAUGCUGCGAUUCUCCGGUUUUUGAGGCAUUUUCGCGAACACCCAUUGCACACAGAGGGAAAAUAUAUGAGGGCUAUUCAUCAUGUGAUUGAAGUUGAGGGAGAGUCGCUUGAUGUAGAUGCACACAAUGUGUACGAUUAUGAUACUGACUUGUAUGCGAAGAUGGUCAGGUACCCACUUGAAGUUCUUGCGAUUUUCGACAUUGUGUUGAUGGAUAUGGUUAGUCGAAUCAAUCCAUUGUUUGAAAAGCACAUACAAGCUCGAAUUUUUAAUCUCAAGACCUCCACAUCGAUGAGAAAUCUCAAUCCAUCUGACAUUGAGAAGAUGGUAUCUUUGAAAGGAAUGAUUAUCCGCUCUAGUUCAAUUAUACCUGAAAUCAGGGAAGCAACUUUUAGAUGCCUUAUAUGCGGCUACUACUCUGACCCCAUUGUUGUUGAUCGAGGACGAAUCAAUGAACCAACAGUGUGUGGGAAGCAAGAAUGUCUUGCCAAGAACUCCAUGACACUGGUUCACAAUCGAUGCAGGUUUGCUGAUAAACAGAUCGUGAGACUCCAGGAGACACCAGAUGAGAUCCCUGAUGGAGGCACACCACACACAGUGAGCUUGUUGAUGCAUGACAAACUGGUGGACGCUGGGAAGCCAGGUGACAGAGUUGAGGUCACUGGGAUUUAUAGGGCCAUGAGUGUCAGAAUUGGGCCAACACAGAGAACUGUGAAAUCUUUAUUUAAGACUUACAUAGACUGUCUUCAUUUAAAGAAGACAGACAAGUCUAGAAUGCGGGCAGAGGAUCCAAUGGAAAUUGAGAAUAGCUCAAAUAGAGAUGAAGCAGAUACCUCUGCUGACUAUGAAGACAAGGUGGAGCAACUGAAAGAGCUAUCAAAACAGCCAGAUAUAUAUGACAGGCUAACCAGGUCUUUGGCACCAAACAUAUGGGAGCUGGAUGAUGUAAAGAGAGGACUUCUUUGCCAGCUUUUUGGUGGGAAUGCAUUGAAGUUGCUAUCCGGGGCUAGCUUCCGUGGUGACAUCAACAUUCUUCUCGUUGGUGAUCCCGGAACCAGCAAAUCCCAGCUGCUCCAAUACAUACACAAGCUGUCUCCUCGUGGCAUUUACACCAGUGGAAGGGGGAGCUCUGCUGUUGGAUUGACUGCAUAUGUUGCCAAAGAUCCCGAGACAGGGGAAACUGUUCUGGAGAGUGGCGCCCUGGUUUUAAGUGACAGAGGUAUUUGCUGUAUUGAUGAAUUUGACAAAAUGUCUGACAAUGCAAGGAGCAUGUUACAUGAGGUGAUGGAGCAACAAACUGUUUCAAUUGCAAAGGCGGGAAUUAUUGCUUCCCUUAAUGCUAGAACAUCAGUACUGGCUUGUGCCAACCCAAGUGGUUCACGUUAUAACCCACGCUUGUCUGUGAUUGACAAUAUACACCUUCCUCCCACCUUGUUGUCCAGGUUUGAUUUGAUUUACUUAAUUCUUGAUAAGGCUGAUGAGCAGACAGACAGGCGCCUAGCAAAGCAUAUUGUUGCAUUACACUUUGAGGAUCCUGAGAGUAUACAGCAGGAUGUCCUCGACCUUCCGACAUUAACUGCAUAUGUGAGCUAUGCUCGAAAGCAUAUUCAUCCACAAUUAUCUGAUGAAGCAGCUGAAGAGUUGACUCGAGGCUAUGUCGAAAUGAGAAGAAGAGGAAACUUCCCAGGCAGUAGCAAGAAAGUGAUAACAGCUACACCUAGGCAAAUUGAAAGUUUAAUACGCCUUAGUGAAGCCCUGGCUCGGAUUCGCUUCUCAGAAUGGGUUGAGAAGAAAGAUGUAAUGGAGGCUUUUCGGCUUCUGGAAGUUGCAAUGCAACAAUCUGCAACAGAUCACUCAACUGGAACCAUUGAUAUGGAUCUCAUCACAACUGGGGUCUCUGCAAGUGAAAGGAUGAGAAGGGAAAAUCUGGUUACAGAAACUCGGAACACAAUUAUGGAGAAGAUGCAACUUGGGGGAUCCUCCUGUCGCUUAGUGGAGUUACUGGAAGAGUUGAAGAAGCAAAGUUUGGGUUCUGAAAUCCACCUUAAUGAUCUGAGAAAUGCACUUGCUACUCUUGCAAGCGAGGGGUUUGUUGCUGUUCAUGGUGACAGUGUAAAAAGAAUAUGAGAGAACAAACUGAAAAUGGGGGCAGGCUGACAUUAUCUAUAUAUUUGCCGAACUGUUUAUGCUAAAUUGUUCGCUGGAACAGCAAAUAGAUUAAGUACGGCCAUGGGGCUGAUCAUUGUGUAUGGAAGAGAAAUAUUGUCUUGGCUUCAGAAUUAUAUGAAAGCUGCUUGUCUUUUGCUGUUUCUUGUUGAAUGUCUGAAUAUACAUUCAUCUGU